AUGUCAAUCAAAACUGCAGUAAUUGGGUUAACUGGUAUUGGUUUAGGUGUAGGUUUAGCUACCUAUAGACACAAAUCUAACGCGUUAUUAUACAAAGAUGCCUCAUUACCAGACACUGUCCAGAGUAAUAACGAUGUUUGGCAAAGAGCUUCUAAAGGCAUUGUAAAUCCUUCUAGUUUCUUUAAAUUUGGCUUUCCAGGUCCUAUACAUGACUUAGAGACACGGGAAGAAUUUAUUUCAUGUUACAAUAGACAAACGAGAAAUCCUUAUUGGGUCUUAGAACAUCUAACCCCCAAAUCACUAGGGGAAGGGAAAGCUGAUAGAAAGAAUUCUAAGUUUAUGGAAGACGAAAAUAUUCCAGAAUCAUUUCGUGCUAGAUUGAAAGAUUAUUUUAGAUCCGGUUAUGAUCGUGGUCAUCAGGCUGCUGCUGCCAAUGCUAAAUUUUCUCAAAGUGCAAUGGAUGAUACUUUUUAUUUAACCAACAUGAGUCCACAAGUUGGGGCUGGUUUUAAUCGUGACUAUUGGGCACAUUUUGAAUAUUUCUGUAGAGGUUUGACGAAGAAAUAUAAUGACGUAUUUAUUGUCACUGGUCCAUUAUAUUUACCCAAGAAAGACCCAAAAGAUGGAAAAUUUAGAGUAACCUAUGAAGUUAUUGGUAACCCACCAAAUAUCGCAGUUCCUACUCACUUUUUCAAAUUGAUUGUUGCAGGGAAAGAUAUAAAAAGUGUUGGAAGUAGUGAAGAUGUUGUCGUAGGAGCAUUUGUUUUACCAAACGAACCAAUUUCUAACGAAACUAAGCUAACAGAUUUCCAAGUUCCUGUUAAUGCGUUAGAAAGAGCUUCUGGCUUAGAAUUUUUGAAAAACUUCCCGAUGAAUAAAAGGAAAAUGUUAUGUCAAGAGGUUAAUUGCCAAAUCGUUGUAAGAGAUUUCUCAAAUAAAGCCUUACCUCCAAAUAAAUCAUUACCUUUACUUCCACCAGGUAAAAAUUAA